AUGCACGACUUCUUACAUUCACCUAUCCCCGUCCGUUUGCCGGGAGCAAAAAUAUCACCUCCUUUGCCACGGCUGCCCGAUUCACCAGAAAUUCAACGUGAAGCUGCCGAUUAUUUUGAACGUAAACAAAUUACUGCCAUUCUAGAGGCAAUCACGACAGGUCUCUCAUUCGCAAAACCAGAAGACCCAAUCACAUUCAUCCAAGAAUGCUGUACCCAACUACGCAGCCUCCAACACGAAAAGAAAACUUUACAUUGGGAUUCGUUCGUACCCGGGGGGUCAGUUGCAUUACCAGGAAUUCGAGGUGGCAAGAAAUAUAUUCGUAAAGUCAAGAAACCGUCUGCAUGGGUUGAGAAACCGAUUAGCAUUAUUAACUCGUCGAUUCUUGUUGAUGAGAGUGUUGUGUUGGAGAUUCGCGGACGGGCCUCGCAUGAUGUUAGUGCUGCUGUGCUUCCACCUAUUGGAGUUAAAGCUGUUGAGGUUAAGGAGGAGGUUAAAGAGGAGGCUACUGUGGAAUCCAAGGAGGCUGUGAUUAAGCCUGUGCCUACCGGCAGAGCGUGGCAGAAUAUUGUCUUUGUACUGGGUGGUCCAGGAAGUGGCAAAGGAACUCAAUGCGAUCGACUAGUAGCUGAAUUCAAAUAUGUACACCUGUCAUCUGGUGAUUUGCUUAGAGCUGAAGUAGCUAGUGGAUCACAGUUGGGACAACAACUGGACUCGAUUAUGAAGGAGGGGAAAUUGGUUCCACUUGAUAUCACUCUACGAUUGAUUCGUGAGGCCAUGGAACGUGCUGAUCCUAACGCACCUGGAUUCCUACUUGACGGAUUCCCACGAGAACUAGACCAAGCUUAUGCAUUCGAGCAACAAAUCGCUAAAUGCAAACUCGCUCUAGUCUUUGAAUGCCCCGAAGAAGUUCUCAUUCAACGUCUACUGAAAAGAGGUGAAACAUCGGGUCGUGCCGAUGAUAAUAUCGAAACCAUCAAGAAACGCUUCCAAACCUUCCAAGAUGCCUCCCGUCCAGCAAUCGAAUACUUCCAGAAGGAAAAUCGAUGUGUCAAGAUUUCGUCUGAUGUGACUCCCGACCAAGUAUAUGAGAAGGCUAGAGAAUGUUUUAUUGAAAAGCCCAAACCAAGAGGACGAGCAUGGAAUAAUAUUGUGUUUGUGCUGGGUGGUCCAGGCAGUGGUAAAGGAACUCAAUGUGAUCGAUUGGUCGAGGAGUUCAAGUAUGUACAUCUGUCUUCGGGUGACUUGCUGAGGGCUGAAGUUGCUAGUGGAAGUGAGUUGGGACAGCAAUUGGAUGCUAUUAUGAAGGAGGGCAAGCUAGUUCCACUUGAUGUUACUCUACGACUGAUUCGUGAAGCCAUGGAACGCGCUGAUCCCAAUGCACCUGGAUUCUUACUUGACGGAUUCCCGCGAGAACUAGAACAAGCAUAUGCAUUCGAACAACAAAUCGCCAAAUGCAAACUCGCUCUAGUCUUUGAAUGCCCCGAAGAAGUCCUCGUUCAACGUCUACUCAAACGGGGUGAAACAUCAGGACGUGCCGACGACAAUAUCGAAACCAUCAAGAAGCGCUUCCAAACCUUCCAAGAUGCCUCACGCCCAGCAAUUGAAUACUUCCAGAACGAAAACCGAUGUGUCAAGAUUUCGUCUGAUGUAACUCCAGACCAAGUAUACGAAAAGGCUAGAGAAUGUUUUGUUGAGAAACCGAGAGGCCGCGCAUGGAAGAACAUUGUGUUUGUUUUGGGUGGUCCAGGAAGUGGUAAAGGAACUCAAUGUGAUCGAUUGGUUGAAGAGUUCAAGUAUGUUCAUCUGUCGUCCGGUGACUUGUUGAGAGCUGAAGUUGCUAGUGGAAGUGAGUUGGGACAGCAGUUGGAUGCUAUUAUGAAGGAGGGGAAGUUGGUUCCACUUGAUGUUACACUACGAUUGAUUCGUGAAGCCAUGGAACGUGCUGAUCCUAAUGCACCUGGAUUCCUCCUUGAUGGAUUCCCACGAGAACUAGAACAGGCCUAUGCCUUCGAGCAACAAAUCGCCAAAUGCAAACUCGCUCUAGUCUUUGAAUGCCCCGAAGAAGUCCUCGUUGAACGUCUACUUAAACGAGGUGAAACAUCAGGACGUGCCGACGACAAUAUCGAAACCAUCAAGAAGCGCUUCCAAACCUUCCAAGAUGCCUCCCGCCCAGCAAUCGAAUACUUCCAAAAGGAAAACCGAUGUGUUAAGAUCUCAUCUGAUGUUACUCCCGACCAAGUAUACGAGAAGGCUCGGGAAUGCUUUGUUGAAAAGUCAAGAGGCAAGGCUUGGGAUAAUAUUGUGUUUGUUCUGGGUGGUCCUGGAAGUGGUAAAGGAACUCAGUGCGAUCGACUUGUGGAAGAAUUCAAGUAUAAUCACAUCGCUGCGGGUGAUUUGCUGAGAGCUGAAGUUGCUAAGGGAACUGAGCUUGGUCAGCAGUUGGAUGCUAUUAUGAAGGAGGGCAAAUUGGUUCCACAGGAAAUCACACUCCAACUCCUCCGUCUCGCAAUGGAGCAAGCACCAGCUGAUGCACCAGGGUUCCUUAUCGAUGGAUUUCCAAGACAAUUAGACCAAGCCCACGCAUUUGAAGACCAAAUCGCCAAAUGCAAAUUCGUGCUAUGCUUUGAAUGCCCUGAAGACGUCCUGGUUCAACGUCUACUGAAACGAGGAGAAACAUCGGGACGUGCCGAUGAUAAUAUUGAUACCAUCAAGAAACGCUUCAAGACCUUCCAGGAUGCUAGUAAACCUGCUAUUGAGUUCUUUGAAAAGGAGAACAGAUGUGUUAUGAUUUCAUCUGAUUCUAGUGUCGACGACGUGUAUGAGAAGGCUCGUCAGCGAUUCUUGUAG